GACCUCCAACGGCUAAAUCGGGAAAGAUUAUAGUGUUUGCAGAGUUUACUAUUUUUGCCAUUUUUAUAAACAGAAAUUAUAAAGCUGACUUCUUGCAGAAGUUUCCUCGGUUUUCUAUUAAUCAUUUAACGAAUCGGAUGUUAACUUCAAGUCGAAGGAGUCGAAAUUAAAGUACAAAUAUCAUCAAUUAGUCCUUAUGAAUUCACUGAGCAAUCAACAGCGCUUAAUGAGUGUCCCUCAACAUAACAAUCUUCAGACAGUGGAAAGGGAGAAAAUUUAUCAGUGGAUAAUCGAACUUUCCAGCUCGGAAGCAAGGGAAAAUGCUCUGCUCGAACUCAGUAAAAAACGAGAAGUUGUACCUGAACUUGCACCUAUGCUGUGGAACUCAUUCGGAACAAUUUCUGCUCUUUUACAAGAGAUUAUAAACAUUUAUCCGGCGAUUAAUCCUCCGACACUUACUGCUCAUCAGUCCAAUAGGGUAUGUAAUGCUUUAGCUUUGCUGCAGUGUGUUGCUUCCCAUCCAGAAACUAGAUCUGCUUUCUUACAAGCUAAUACACCCCUAUUUCUAUACCCAUUCCUCCAUACUGUUAGUAAAACUAGACCAUUUGAAUAUCUACGAUUAACUAGUCUUGGUGUGAUUGGAGCAUUAGUUAAGACAGAUGAACAAGAAGUGAUUAAUUUCCUUUUAACAACAGAGAUUAUUCCUUUGUGUUUAAGAAUAAUGGAAUCCGGAAGUGAAUUGUCAAAAACGGUUGCCACAUUUAUUCUUCAGAAAAUAUUGCUGGACGAAACCGGAUUGUCAUACAUCUGUCAAACUUAUGAACGAUUCUCUCAUGUGGCCAUGAUAUUGGGGAAAAUGGUAUUAUCUCUUGCAAAGGAACAAUCUGCACGCCUGUUAAAGCACGUCAUUCGAUGUUAUCUCCGUCUAUCUGACAAUCCAAGAGCCAGAGAGGCUCUUCGCCAGUGUCUGCCGGACCAAUUAAAAGACAAUACGUUUGCCAACUGUCUGAAAGACGACAAAUCCACCAAACACUGGCUAAGCCAGCUUCUGAAGAACCUGGAGCCCGUUUCGGUCUCUCCGCGUCUUCCCUAUCAGUCUACCCUACAGCAGCAGUAGGAACCAGGACUGCUGGUGACUUCUAAUCUUGUGCGAAGAAAAGAAACAUGUAAAUAAUCAUUUUUAGUGUAAAAUUUUUGACAUAAAACAAACUUUGUAUGGUUCAUAAAAAGAAAAGUUAUUAUAAUAUUUAUGUACUACUGUUACAAUGUAUAAAUCAUCGGGAUAGAUUCAGCUUUGUAUAUGCUUAACUAUAUUUUUUGGUAUAAAAAAGAAAAAACUACAAGAGCUUUUCUUUUUAAAAAACAAAAAUCGAAAAAAAUAUACACAAACAUUAUAUAUAUAUACAUAUAUAUAUAGCUGAAGUAGUUUACUAUUUUCCGUUAUAUUACGGCCGCAUGUAAUUAGUAAAAUUGUAUAUUAUAUUGUUUUAAAAAAAUUCGUACGAAAAAUAAAUGUUGAUUAGUGAAAAACUAAUUC